GUUGCUUGUGCCGCAUACGAAACAGACCGUAGAUCGGCUUUGUAUGUCCCCUGUGUUGGACAAAUAACGUAGUAUCACAACAAACAAACUGCUCUCAAGUCAGCAGAUAAUUUCAUUCUUCUACGAGUGUCGCUCGACCAAGACGCAACGUUUUGAAAGAUCAUUUUAGCAGCGAGAAAACGACUUAUGGAGGACCAAAUCAGAGUUUUGCGAAGUGCAAACAAAAACUGUUUUUAAAAAGUUUUGUUUUUACGGAAUGAUUGGAAUAUACUGAAACUAGCGAGAAUCCAUUCAACGCCGAUCUCAAAUGCAAUGUUUCCUCGGCUCCGAGCCUGUCCUCCAAUGCAGGAACGCUGCUGAGGACGCCCCGACACCAUCUCCCCACCGCACUUUCCCACAGGCUAAGGGGGGGUGACCGGCACAGCCAUGCCUGCCCUCACCACCGCCCUGGGCCCCGAGCCAGCCGUGUAUGAGCUGCUCGCGGCGUUGCCCUCCAGACUGCAGCCCCACGGCGGCCAGCCCGAGGACAACGCCUUCCUGCAUCACAUGUUUGGGGAGAAAAGCCUGCACGCGCUCUUCAAGAUCCAUGAAAAACUGCAACGCUAUGAAGACGGCAAACCAGCACCCGUCGUGACCAGCGCCGCCUCGCUCGCCAGUCAACUGGUUGAGGAGCUUCAAGGGAAAUCAGCAGAUGGAGAAGUGAAAGAGCUUCUCAAGCUGCUGGCAAAGCCCAAUUUAAAGAGUCUUCUGUCAGUCCAUGACACGGUGGCACAGAAGUGCUACGACCCCCAGCUACCCCCCAUGCCCGAAGGCGUCAGUGAGGACGAGGAUUCUGUGAAGAUCAUAAGGCUGGUGAAGAACAGGGAGCCUCUGGGCGCCACGAUAAAGCAGGAUGACGUCACGGGCGCCAUCUUGGUGGCGCGGAUCAUGAAGGGAGGGGCGGCAGACAGAAGUGGCCUCAUCCACGUCGGGGAUGAACUGAAGGAGGUGAACGGGAUCCCAGUGGAUGACAAGAAACCGGAGGAAGUCAUUCGCAUCCUGGCUCAGUCCCAAGGGGCCAUCACCUUCAAGGUGGUUCCCGCGGUCCAGGAUGAGCUUUCAACCAAGGAGCCAAAGAUGUUUGUGAAGGCGCUCUUCGACUACGACCCAAAAGAGGACAAAGCCAUCCCGUGCAAAGAGGCGGGGCUGGCCUUCACGAAGGGCUCCAUCCUCCAGAUCAUGAGCCAGGACGAUGCGACCUGGUGGCAAGCCAGACUUGAAGGGGACGCAAACCCCCGCGCUGGCCUCAUCCCAUCCAAACAGUUUCAGGAGAGGAGGUUUGCGUUGCGAAGCCCUGCUCCAGUUCUCCCAAUCAGGAGGUCCUCCACUCGGCGAUCCUCUGAUGUGCCUGUAGACUUUGUUGAUGAAAUGGAAGAGGAUGCUGACUUUAUUAGCGGCUGCCGUUUAGUCGGGUUUCGGAGAAGCUUCCGUCUGAGCAGGAGAGAGAAGAAGACCAACAAGUCAAUGUACGAGAGCAAGAAGAGCGAGAUGUACGACACGGCCGACGUCCCCACGUAUGAAGAGGUGACGUCGUACCGCCGCCACAGCGCAGCCAGACAGCGGCUCGUCAUUCUGGUUGGACCGACUGGCGUUGGCUUGAAUGAGCUGAAAAGGAAACUUCUGAUCUGUGACCCUCAGCACUUCAGCGUGACCGUUCCACAUACCAGUCGGCCGAAGCGGAGCCAGGAGAGCGACGGCGUGGAGUACCAUUUUAUCUCCAAGCAGCUCUUUGAGGCCGAUGUUCAUAACAAUAAGUUCAUCGAGUACGGCGAGUACAAAGGGAAUUACUACGGGACCAGUCUGGACUCCAUACGUUCCGUCCUGUCCAAGAACAAAGUGUGCCUCCUGGACGUGCAGCCCCAUACCAUAAAGCUCCUGCGCACGCCGGAGUUUAAACCCUUUGUGAUUUUCAUCAAGCCGCCCGGCGUGGAGCGACUCAGGGAGACCAGGAAGAACGCUAAAGUCAUCUCCAGCAAGGAUGACAAAGCCUCGGCUAAGCCCUUUGCAGAGGAGGACUUCCUGGAGAUGGUGGCGAGCGCCCAUACGAUGGAGGCGCAGUACGGCCACCUUUUCGAGAAGGUGAUCGUCAACGAUGACCUGACGGAGGCCUUUGGGGAGCUGCGUUCGGCGCUCAGGAAAGUGGAGAUGGAUCCUCACUGGGUUCCUGUCAGCUGGACUCACUCCUGAGGCCGCGCGGGCCCGUCGAGAGAACGAGUGGAACACAGGCCGGGAUCUCUGCUGUGCUGAUUUCAAGCUCAGUUAGGAUCUUCUCGACUCCAAGCCUGCCAUCUCCACGGAGCAAAGCCUGGACGGUCCCGGUACCGACAGACGCCAAGCAGGAGACUUUCUUAAGAUUGGACUGUGAGAAACCAAAGGAACUGUCACCUUUCUUCUCAUCAGCCUGCACAUGAAAAAAGAAUGCGAGGGCAAAGGCGGGGAAUUCGGUCUUGUUAUGUUUCUAUGCAUCAGGUCAUCUGCUACGUCUCCUGAAGGGCAACACAGGAGAUCUUGAAUUUUAUGAGGAAAAGUAAUAUAUUUUCUAAUAUCUGCUAGUUUUUGUAACCUUUUAUAUACAUAUCUCACUUUUUCAGAGCUCAGUUGGACUUCUAGUUGGCUAGAAUUUGUUGAGAAGUCUUUGCUUCAGGGAUCUCAGUCACUCGUGUCCGCGUCCUGACUUUAUUGAUUGUUUGCAUUUCCUUCAUUUGAUGUUCUUACGAGCGUACGCUUGGGUUGCUGGGCAGGUUUCAGAUUUAUUAAAGCAGCUGCUGCUGUUCAACCUCGUGCUUCUGCUAGGAAUGUUCUCCUACUUUGUGAUUUCAGUUGUCACUUUUAUGUGAGCUAAGUCAUAAAAAUCAUGUCCUUUUUCUUGGUCCUUGCCAUAUUCUGCAAAUAUUGAUGGAUUAUUAAUGUCAUACGCUACCAGUCAGAAGUUUGGAGACACCUGAUCAUGUCAUUGAAUGAGGGAGUGUCUCAAAAAUGUGCUUCCAGCUUCCAGAUCAUUCCCGCUGAAGCAAACAUCCGCCAGCGAGCAAGCAUGGCACACGCCUCCCCUCAUCCCGGCCUCAACACGUCAUGGCGUGGAUGCAGUGACGUUUUGGCAGCGCCAUGUUGCAGCAGGAGGAAGACAUUAUUCAACGAUGUCUUUUUCCACAGGGAGGAGGGAUGUUUCUUUGUUUUUCUCCUGAAGCUUCCAUUUCCACUGCAGGCAUGUCAUGUCCAUGAACACCCGCAGUGUCUUCUUCUGUGAUUAUGCACACGCCACUGACAUGGAGCUCCACAACUUCACACUUUCUUGUUAGAAUACUACUACUUCUGUUAAUAUUGAUAUUUAUAUAUAUUAUAUAUUUUAUAUUUAGAAUGUGCCAAUGGCAUAAAGGGGCAAUAAAACACGGCUGCUGUCUGCUUUGGACGCCUCUCUUUUAACGUGGUUAUUGAUAUUCUCUGUUGUAAGUAGGUCAAUAAUGUUAGUGAUGUUGUUUAUGAGGCUACAAGCUAACAUACACGUCAUCCUUUAAUUGAAAUAAUUAAUCACACUUAGGUGUCACGAUUCGCGUGACAUUUACUUCCUGUUGUACUUCCGGUUGUUCAGACUAUUUUGCUGCACUUUCUGUUGUACUUCCGGUUUAUAGCUUUUAUUUUGUUUCACUUCCUGUUUGCAUCCCCUCCGUCGUCAGUUGCCUUCACGUUUCCGUUGAUGCACACCUGGCGCUAAUUACAGUUUGAUUGGCUCCUCGGGCCUUUCAGUUUUGACGUGUGCUUUUCGAAAGUGUCCCUUUUCCUGCACUUCAGAUUUUGUUUAAUCUUUUUUUUUUAUCAAGAAACUUUUUCCUGCACUUCCUUUGCAUCCUGGGGUCGCCACAGCCAACGCUUUUCGCCCAUCAAGGAGAAACGUCCUUAGGCCGCAGGAGCCAUCCAAGGAAAGGAACCACUGAGCAUCGAGAGGGAGCAGCUCCAGGAGACGUUCCCGGACGUUCCCAUCCUAGAAAUGGGGACAGAACCAGCAACCAUCAGUUUGGGACACGGCCACACUACAAGUCAUUCGGAUAUUCAGAUCUUGGUGCCCCCUACUGGUGGUUCUUUCCCAAAUCAGUGGUUGCUGGUUCCGUCCUCAAUCCUGCUGGAAUUCAGCUUUUUGUGCAAAACACCUACCAACAUCGCCCCCUAUUGGUCCCUAUUGGAUCCUCGGUACACAUUUGAAGGAUGCCUGACUAUUGUGGAAGUGGUGCUGCUGUGAUGCCAAGAGGAGACAUGGAUACACCUUCAGAUAUUCCCAGAGCAAACCAACGCAGCCGAUGUUUCUCAAUCCUUUCAUACGUUUUGUGAGAUGUUCUACUGGGAGUUGCAAUCUGAAAACGACCAAUGGGACCAGCCGACCUCAGGCCGGCUCGCCGAAGCCAGAAAGUCGGGUUUCAAGUGAUGAGGAUCCCAGAUUCCGGCGAGGGAUAAUCUCAUAAUCGGACAAGAUCAUCAUCAGCGUGUUGGAGUUGAUACGGAACACAUCCUGUCUGUCUGGCCUGGUCUUCUCGUGGAUCUCUGCAGACCUCAUCCUCCUCCGCUUCCUCAGGUGGCUCACCUUGUUUGCUCAUCACGCAGCGACUGAUGAUGGGGGCGGGGCGACAGGUUGGCUUUGAUACGGUCGCCCAUGGAGACGUGGGGCACAACCCUUGGCCCUCACCAAAGACCCGACACAACCCACGUGGACGCCUUUGACACUUGCUGCUGUUUCUAAGUAGGCCUAACGAAUUACCCGUCUUUGGCGCUCGGGUGACCAAACCCCAGCAGCCGUCGCAGCAACCCUUGGAAAAGUCCAAUAAGCCAUUAGAGUCGGGGGCUAAACAUCUUGAUUCCAGGCCAAGUCUACAGAUAUUUUCCACUAAUUCUUUUCUGUACCACAGAACAGAUGUCAAAGCCAGUCAUGCUGGUUUUCGUUGGUCCAGGACCCAAGACGCUGCUUUCUGUCUUCCCUGUUUUUCACCGGGUGACACGUUAAAUGUUAUCUUAUGACCAGCUCAUCUGGUCUGCUGCUGUUUUCCUCACUCGGGUCCUCUCUGGCAUCCUCCCUGCCACAGCUGGACGCGUCUAUUCUUCUUCAGGGGUCACCACAGCAUCAAGGCUUUUUCCUCAUGCCACCUUGACCAGAGCGGUCUUAGACCAACAGAUGACUUCCAGGCAAUGUUAGACCUCGAAAACCCCUGGGGAGCACCGCAGUGUUGGACUUUGAAAACCCCCGCAUGACCCCCGCCAGUGUGGGGCCGAGUGAGAGUUCACCUUUGACCCCAACAAACCCACCAGAGACGCUGCCUCACGCGCCCGCCACGUGCUGCCACUUCCUGUUUACCGCUUUCUUCCUUGCAAGCGAGGCUAUGUCGGACCUUAACCCUGAAGGCACCGUGACCGGGACGGCCUAAGAGGAACCAGGAGAGCCACUGAGUGGAGAACCAUUUCAUCUGUAAACAUCUUUUCAGUA